AUGGCGGCUGAGGUGGAUUUUGGGGACUUGGAGCUAUUCGAGGCGUUUGACCCUCAGGAGGAGUCGACCCCGAAGCCGGUUCACGCCCGCUUCAAGGACGAGGAAGCAGAGGAGGAGGAGGAGGAGAGGGGAGAUGGGGAGGACAACGAGAAUGGAGUUGGCGACGCGGAGCUGCGGGAGCAGCUUCGGCACUGCGAGGAAACCAUCCGGCAACUCCGCGCCGAGAAUCAAGAACUUAAAAGAAAAUUGAACAUUCUGACCAGACCCAGUGGGAUACUGGUGAACAAUACUAAGAUAGAUGGACCUUUAUUACAAAUUCUAUUUAUGAACAAUGCUAUUUCAAAGCAGUAUCACCAAGAAAUAGAGGAGUUUGUAUCAAAUUUAGUAAAAAGAUUUGAGGAACAGCAAAAAAAUGAUGUGGAAAAGACUUCCUUUAGUCUUUUACCCCAGCCAUCCAGUGUUGUGUUAGAAGAGGACCAUAAAGUGGAAGAAGCAUGUGACAUUAAAAACAGCAAAGAAGCAUUUAGUGUUGUAGGAAGUGUCCUGUAUUUUACUAAUUUUUGCCUUGAUAAAUUGGGGCAACCGCUACUAAAUGAAAACCCUCAGCUUACCGAAGGAUGGGAAAUACCCAAGUACCAGCAAGUCUUCAGCCACAUUGUUUCUCUAGAAGGGCAAGAAAUACAAGUAAAGGCAAAAAGGCCAAAGCCUCACUGUUUCAAUUGUGGUUCUGAAGAACAUCAAAUGAAGGAGUGUCCAAUGCCUCGGAAUGCUGCUCGAAUAAGUGAAAAGAGAAAAGAGUAUAUGGAUGCCUGUGGUGAGGCAAACAGCCAGAAUUUUCAGCAGCGAUACCAUGCAGAGGAAGUAGAAGAGAGGUUUGGAAGAUUCAAGCCAGGCGUCAUUAGUGAGGAACUUCAAGAUGCAUUGGGUGUGACAGACAAGAGUCUACCCCCUUUUAUCUAUCGGAUGCGCCAGCUCGGAUACCCACCAGGCUGGCUCAAGGAAGCGGAAUUGGAGAAUUCAGGGCUUGCACUCUAUGAUGGAAAAGAUGAUGCUGAUGGAGAAACAGAAACUGGAGAAAUACAAAAUAAAAAUGUCACUUAUGAUCUCUCAAAAUUGGUAAACUAUCCAGGUUUUAAUAUAUCUACUCCCAGAGGCAUUCCAGAUGAAUGGAGAAUGUUCGGUUCCAUACCAAUGCAGGCAUGUCAGCAAAAGGAUGUGUUCGCUAAUUACCUUACUUCUAACUUCCAGUCGCCAUGCUUGAAGUUUGGCAGCAAGCGGUCUUCAUCUCAGUCCAGCCCUAGUAGUCCAAAGAAGCAGAAGAAGGAAGGUGGCUCAGCAGCCUCCCCUGCCGACAUGGAGCUUGACUCAGAUAUGGAGGUACCACCUGGUUCUCAGAGUAGCAGAGCUUUUCAUUUUCAACCACCAUUGCCUCCUGGCACACCUCCUCCACUGCCACAGGGAGCACCUCCAUUCACUCCUCCACUCCCUAAGGGCACCCCACCACUGACUCCCAGUGAUUCACCCCAGACCCGACCCACGGCCACAGCCAUGGAUGAGGAUGCUUUGACACUGGAAGAACUUGAAGAGCAGCAGAGGCGGAUCUGGGCUGCUCUCCAGCAGGCCGAGAGCGGCAACAGUGAUUCCGACAUUCCUGUGGACACGCCUGUGACUGGGAAUUCAGUUGCCUCCUCGCCUUGUCCAAAUGAGCUUGAGUUCCCUGUCCCAGAGGGAAGAGCAUCCGAAAAGCCAGUGCUGGAUGAGCCUGAGGUCAUAGACAUUUCUGCAGAGACAACUGAGCCUGAACAUCCCUCUAGUCCAGCAGCUGAAGCUGUACUCCCAUGUCAGAAGUUAGAGGAAGAACCUGCAGGGGCGGACCCUGAACCUCUUCUUAAUAACGGCAAUGCUAUGUCAAACUGUGACGUUAGGAAUGGAGGCAGUCAGAAGCUUCCUGUGGACACCCAUCCUACAACGGCCACUAAAAUCCACAGCCCUGUACCUGACAUGAGCAAGUUUGCAACUGGAAUAACACCAUUCGAAUUUGAAAAUAUGGCAGAGUCUACUGGAAUGUAUCUGAGGAUCAGAAACUUGUUAAAGAACUCACCCCGAAAUCAGCAGAAAAAUAAAAAGGUCUCUGAGUAACUUCUGACAUAGCACUGAGCUGUUAAUAAUCCCUGACUUGUCUUCUGUGAUUAGUACUUAGAGGAAGACAAAAUGGUUUUCUUAUUGGUCCUUCCCUCAUUGAAAAAGCUACCUGAGGUUAACUGUGAUCUCAACUCAAGCUUGUUUUAAAAAAUGAAAAGACUGGGCCCACUGCUUUGCUGUAUUUUAUUCUCUGACAACCUGCGGGGCAUACAUGAGUUGCUUUAGAGAUAGUUUAAGGUUUAUACUAUUUUUGGAUUGUAAGUGUCCAUCCGGAGUGAAGUUUUUUAUGUCUUUUGUACAUUGUCUUCCCUUUCUACAUUUUGCUAUUAUCCUGUAUAUAUAAGUUUAAUAUAUCAGUUUUAAAAGAAAAUUCUAGCCAUUUUAAAUUCACAUUUCAAUUCCAGCAACCAAAUGAGAAAAUCAGGGCUAAGCAGCUUUAUCCUAUUUGGGAUAUUUUUGUAAGAUUUACAUGCAUGAAUUUUAAUAACACUUUUACUUUUUGUAACUUCAUUCUUCAAAUAUACUAAGUAUGUUCACCUUUGUGCACAAAGGCUUAAUAAAUUAGUUUUCUUAUACAUAAUCAAAGACUUUGAAUACAAAGAAGUGAUUCACAGUUAAAUUUUUACCUUCUACAUAUGGAGGAAAAUCAUGAUUGCAAAAAAUUAGCAGAGGAAACAAAAAAUUACAAAUUUGGCUGCUGUUGGUGGAUUUCAGCCUUAACUAUGAUAAUGUAGAAACAGAC